AAUCAAGUCGUGUUAGAAUUCUUAAUUAAUUAAAUUGCAAGAUCCCAAGCCUUUCUUCCAUGAAUAUCCAGCAAUUGUUUCAACACAUUAAUGCAAAUUAAUGUUGUUUGGUUCGUAAAUAAUUCCAUAUCAGGCAAUAAAUGAGCAAUUAAAUAUUUAUAUAAUGAAUGACAUUUCAUUGCGGAACAUUUUAUACUAUUUCUAGUCUACUCAGAUAUGAAAGUGUUGUAUAUAAUAUGUUUAACAUUUGUAUUUGUUUCCUGGUAAAAUAAAAAGAUGGAUAAGUAUUCCAUCUUCGUAUAUAUUUUUAUUUUCGGAUAUUGCAGGUCGAGGGAAAUGUUUGAACAGGACAGAAUCAGACGAGAUAUCACUGCUUAUUUGCUGAAUGAAAAUAGAUAUGACGCAACAAUUGUUCCAGAAUUGGAUGAGGACUUUCCAACCAAUGUUACUGUUCAAAUCUUGAUUCGUAAUAUGCACUCUAUAAACGAGGUUGCCAUGGAAUAUUCUGUUGGGAUAUAUCUUCGUAUGUGGUGGAGAGAUACUCGUCUCGACUACAGGGAAAUUACGAAUACGACAUAUUUGCAAAAGUUGGAACUUGAUACUAGACAGAUCGACAAAGUAUGGCAGCCAAAUAUCUACUUUGACAACGAAAAACAAGCUUUUGUUCACAAGGUCACUACGACCAACAGACUGAUGCAUAUCUAUAGAGAUGGGACUGUUGUCUAUAGUAUCAGACUGUCGUUAACAAUGAGUUGCACUAUGUCUUUACACUACUAUCCAUUUGAUGCACAGACAUGCCCUUUGGUGAUACAAAGCUUUUGCUACACAACAGACAACAUAAGGCUUCAAUGGCACGGUACAAACCCAGUUAAAAUCAGCAAAUUGCAGAUGCCACAGUAUGCUCUACUAGAAGAUGAGACUGAAACGUCUAGCUACGACUUGGAGUACGAGGAAAGUACGUUUUCCACUCUAGAAGUAGAGCUAAGUUUGUCGCGAAAGAUUGGCUACUAUGUCUUGCAAGUAUUCACCCCAUGUAUCUUCCUUGUUGUUUUGUCUUGGGUCUCAUUCUGGGUUGAUCCGGAUGCUGUACCAGCGCGUGUCUCCCUUGGCGUCCUGUGCGUCCUUACGAUGACGACACAGAGUGCUGUCGUACACCAGUCACUGCCUCCAGUUUCUUAUGUGAAGGCGAUUGAUGUUUGGAUGUUUGUGUGUCUGUUUUUCGUUUUUGCAUCACUCCUUGAGUUCGCCUGUGUCAACGUUAUUUUACAAAAGAAGGUUGAUUCUGAAGAGAAGAAAACCUUUGAAGCAUCAACCAAAACCCAGAGGGAGAAAGCUUUAGAAGUUGACAGAAUAUCGAUGUAUCUCUUUCCCAGCACAUUUAUAGUGUUUGCUUUCAUCUUCUUUAUGGUGUCUGGUUUGGCAUAAAGCCAUUGUCAGAAAGAAACUUUUUAAUAUUUUGAAAUUUGAGAUUUGUACAUUUAUAAUUAACAAGUUAACAUAAUAUUAGGAGAUGAUAAGAAUAGAGACACGACUUACAGAAAUCCAUUUUUGACCGGAUAAUAUCGGAUCGUAAGAUUACUGGAAUGCGUAAUAUUGUACUCGUAGUAAUUUGCCAAUCACGGUAUUAAAUCAGAUAGUAACAGUUAAAAUAAAACUAUUUAAAUUUUCGCAACAAGUUUUAACAGGUACUGCCUUAAUUAGAAAGACUGGAGAAAUCAGAAAGUGGAAGGACAGAAAAGUAGAGGGAAAUAUUGUCGCAAAACUUAAUUAUAUGAAUAAGAAUCUGAUACUCUCAGAUGUGUUAUAGUGUUAUUCUGCAGAUGUGUUAUACACAUGUAGUGUUAUUCUGGUCAAGAAGGACUGGAAAAUGGUAAUGUUUGAUCCAACUCAUUCAUGACAAGUUUGCAUUGAUAAAGUUUAUUUGAUAAACUGACAUUCAUUCUAAAGAUCUUCGAGGGUAUUAUAGCGAUCAUUUUAGAUAUUCAAAAAAUCUUUUGUAACCAAAAUUGUAUUAUUCCAAAGUUAAAGUCUAUUAUUUUUGUUUACAACAGAAAAUGCCUCACCAGAAUCGUUUUUGGGGGUCAAUUCAAAUAAGAUCUAAGGUAUUUUAAAAAUUUCGAAAAAACCAUAUUACCAUCUUUGAUGAUUUUUUUUAGAAUUAUAUAUAAUCUAAUUAUUCAAAAAAAUGUGUCGGAGAAACCUUGUUACGGAAAAGGUUGAACAGAUGAUACACAAAUAUAUAUAUCAAAAUGAAAUAGGUUGAGUACAAUGGCGUAUUUAUAACCUACAUUUGAAAGAAAAUAAUAGUUAGAUUAUGUUGUCCAAAUAAUGAGUUGGGAAAUUGUUUUUCAUGAAGAGGUGUUCGUUGAGAAUACUACAUUUAGUGUGAAGCCGUGUGUGAAGAAUUAAAUUGUUUCUGCUUCCAACGUAAUAACGGUUUGAUGUUUGUAUUUGCUUCUGUAUAGAAUACUUGUUGAGGGAGCCAGUGCAACCGACCUCCCAAACAUUUUUCAACCGCUUUUGGUGUUAUUAAAUAGUACGCCACUAAAGAAAUUUAGAAUUUUAGAUCUUAAUGUUCCUAUUUGUUAUUAAUACAGGAUACUUUAAGCGCUCGGCCUUUUGUUUAUUUGUCAGCGAUAGAGAGGGUGGGGGGGGGGGGAUCUCAACCAAACAUCUUUAAUUCUAACUGGUCAAAAUGGCUUUAGAUGCGCUUCCUGCAAUAUUAAGAACAUGCAUAUCUACCUCAGAAACUGUUAAUCUUUAUGUUGUGUACCUCAACCUUUAUUAAGACUGUGAUCUUCUUUUCUGUACUUAAGUUGUUACUGUAGCAUAAAAAUAUAAAUCAAUACAUAUAAAAAAUGGAUUGCUUCACUGGUUACCUUAAGUUCAAAGCGUUAGUUCACAAGUAUGUUGUCAGUAGUAAAUGCGUGAAUUUUUAUACUUUCAAUUAAGGGAGACAAUUAACACUUUUCAGAGCUUCUUGGACGACAAAUCCCUACUUGACCACACCCCUUAAAUAAAUAACUUGUAAUAUUGAUACGAGUAUAUAUGUUUCAUUACAAACCAUCAAGUCUAAAAUUUCUUUUUUGCAAGGAUUUUACGUCCUCCCGGUCGCAAAAUCUGAUGACGAAAUAUACUCAAUAUGCCAAUUUUCAAACCACUUUAAAAAUGAAAGCACGGGCUGCUUGUGGUUUCUCACUCCAAAAAUAAAACUGUAAAAUAAGCUCGAAAGUGCGUGUCAUCCGUACUUUUUUCUCACUAUUUUCAAUUUCCUGAGGCCCUGUCAAAAUGCUGUUCCAUUUUAAGCCAGUUGACGAAAGCAUGUAUUUUGCAAGCCACUUUGCCAUUAUUUCAGGGCUACUUAAACAAUUUUACUCACAUCCUCCUCACUUAUAAGUAAAUUAUUUGACUUCGGGUCAGUUUGACAUUAAUAGCUGAAAACUGUUUACUGCAUCAUUUAAGCGUUUUCCACAGAAGUACAAUAAUAACAGAAUACAAUGAGAUUUCCUCUAUUAUUUAACAAAUAAAUCACAUACUAGUAAAAUGGCAAAAGAUAAGAGUUAAUGUUAUAUGUUGCACAUAAUAUAUUAUAUAAACAAAUUGCACAUUGUUGUCUGUAUGCAGGAAAGAUAACUAGUAUAACUAUUAUAUGUAGUAAAUGCUUGAUUCUUCUUUCUUGUGUGCAAAAUACCCUCUGUGUCUAGACGCACUUUUAAUUGUGUCGUGUCUUUUAUUCAUCUGCCAAACUGGUCUUUAGAGAGUAAAUUUUAUUUGCAUUGCAAUCAGCAAUUGGUAUAGCAUUGUAGUAUGACUUAUUUGUACAUUUUUAUUUUUCUGUUUGAUAUUACAAGUGUUGACCUAGUAUUAGUAUUAUCUACAAAUUGCAGUGUUUCUAUUUUCUCAAUUACAAUGGUUUGAUUUUGUAAAUCCCGUGUAGAAUGGGAUUAUUUGUAAGUAACAAAAAAGACUAUUGAUUGACCGGGUUUCGUCUUUUCUACUAAACGACAUAUGAGCCGUGCCAUGAGAAAACCAACAUAGUGGCUUUGCGACAAGCAUGGAUCCAGACCAGCCUGCGCAUCCGCGCAAUCUGGUCAGGAUCCAUGCUGUUCGCUAACAGUUUCUCUAAUUGCAAUAGGCUUUGAAAGCGAACAGCACAGAUCCUGACCAGACUGCGCGGAUGCGCAGGCUGGUCUGGAUCCAUGCUGGUCGCAAAGCCACUAUGUUGGUUUUCUCAUGGCACGGCUCAUAUUAUCAAAUUCUAAUUCGGAGGUAGGAAAUCUACUAAAAUGCAUAUGGUAAAUAGUUAAAGAAAAUGAAGAUUUUGAAACUCAGUAUCUCAAGUUCCAGGGUGCCGAGCAUUUUCAUUUCGAGGUAACCGAAAACUGACUAAGAAUGAAAUUUAUGCAUGUGUUUCCGGUACGGGACUGUAAAUGUCUUCGAGAUUUUUCAAAACUUAAGAAUAUACUAAGUAAAUUCAUCAAAUGAAAAAGAUAGGGUCGUGUGCUUGAUUUUUUGCUAGACUGAUUUGAAAAAUUUGGACCUUAUGCAAGUUUUCAAAAUGGUAGUCCAUGGAAAAAUCACAAUUUUCAUAACAUCUUCGCGAAUAGAAAUUGUUCUAUGAUGUAGAUUUUAAUAAACUUUCUCACAUUCGUAAAUAAACAUAUGUCCUAUAAUAUUGUGAAAUAAAAUGUAUAAGUCCG